AUGCCAUCUACAGUUGUACAGCCCAACUUCCACAUCCCCACGGUCGACAUCGGUCCAUACCUGGCCGACCCAUCGUCCACAGAGGCCAAAGAUGUUAUUGAGGCCGUACGCCGUGCAUGCACUACCUCUGGCUUUUUCCAGCUGAUCGGCCAUGGAAUUGAUGCGACCAUUCGAGAAGCCAUGUUCGCCGGCUCAAAGGCGCUGUUCGAUCUACCCUUCGAAGAAAAGAAGGCGUUGAGGCGAGGCAAGAACCGUGGCUAUGAAGUCAUAGGCUCGCAGGCAUUGCAGGACGGGACCCUGCCUGACCUCAAAGAGGUAUACGACAUAGUAUUCACCGCGUUGAGCGACACUUCUGACACGGAACAGGGCUAUUACAUUGGCACUGACGACGUCCCCUUCGAGGAGGGCAAGUCAUACCGCCCCUUUACGGACCCGAACAUCUGGCCAGCAGAAGAGCAGCUCUCCGCCGCUGUCUUCAGGGACCCUGUGAAUCGAUACUACUCCGAGGUCGAAGCGCUGAGCCGCACUGUCAUGGACAUCAUCGCCGCCGCGCUGGGCCACGGGCCCGAAGUCUUCGCCGAGAUGAAGAAGGAGCCCAUUGCGGCAUCCAUCCGCCUGCUGCACUAUCCACCACAGCGAACCGAGACGAGCAAUGAAAAACAGCUAGGUGCCGGCGCUCACACCGACUUUGGCUGGACGACGCUGCUUCUGACCGACGGCCAUCCCGGCCUCGAGGUCUUGAACCAGACCACUGGCGAGUGGGUCGCGGUACCGCCCGACAGGGACGCGUACGUAGUAAACGUGGGUGAUAUGCUUCAGCAGAUCACGGGUGGGCACUUCAAGAGCAACGUCCAUCGCGUGCGUAACUUGGGUGAUGAGGACCGGUACAGUGUGCCGUAUUUCUUCGAUGGCUGCCUCGACGCGAGGCUUGCUCGGUUAGACGGCAAAGAUCAAACCAAGGUGCUUACGGUUGAGGAGCACAUGCUCGAACGGUUUGCAACGACUUACGGCAGGGGUCAAGUGAAAAACUAA